AUGUCGUCUCAAAACAAACAUGUUAUUUGCAUUACUUCCUGUGACCGCUAUUUGGGUCAUGGAAUUGCUCACUGCUUGCUUCAUGAAAGGAAGCAGAGAGGUCACAAGUAUCAUGUACGCGUUCUCGCACGUGAUACCUCUAAUCUGGGUGAAUUUAACAAACUCGGUGCUGAGGUUAUUCAAAUUGAUUAUAAUAAGACCGAUACAAUUGAACGCGCUUUAACCGGCUCUCUAUGGGUACUUUGGAUUCCCGAGUCGGAUAACGACCGUCUUCACAUGGCUAAAACUUUUGCUGAUGCUGCUAAAAAAGUUAGUGUAAGCAACUUGCUCUUUUGUUCAGUACUCGGUGCUGAUGAUGCCGAUGAAAAAUGUCUUCGCGAAUUCCGGGAUAUGGAAAAAAAAGCCGAAUCUGCUGUUGAUCGCCACUGUAUCCUCAGAUCUGCGUUAGCCGUGCAGUGUCUGCACCAUUUUUCUAAACGCAUCGUCGAGAAAAAUCAACUUACCCUUCCAAUUAGGCGCGACAGUCGCAUGGCACCAAUUCAUCUUAACGAUGUUUUUUGCACAAUCCACUGCAUCGUUUAUGACGGACAUGGUCAACUUCGUAAUGAAAUGGAGAAAACUCAUCACAAAAGGCACUAUACUCUUACCGGUCCGGAAUCUAUCUCCGCUGUCACCCUCAUUGCUAUGAUGAAUAUAGUCACCGACGCGAACGUUGAAUUUAUGGAAAUUAAACGCAGAGAGUGUGAAGAAUAUUUGAGAUCAUGUGAAGAUGAAAAAAUGAUCGGACUUACCAAACAUGGCGAUCAAGAAAGCCGCGAAGACUUGUUCCCUAAUCCGCCAUGUCCUAACCAAACUGAAAUCCUGACUCUAUGUGACAUGUUCGAUUACAUUAAAAGCGGAAAAGCCAAUUAUAUUUCCGGAGAUGUCCAAAAAAUCACCGAACAUGAACCCGUUCCCGUUAUUUCGUACUUUAAG